UGUUUGUAUUUAAAAAAAGUAAUAUAUGAUAGAGUAAAUAACACUCUUAAUGUCUGUACAUUUCGGAAUGUGCUAGUAUGUUUUCUCUGUUGUGAAGAAAUUUUUGUGAUUUAUCAAUUGGACAUAAUGAAUUAUCGACUAAAUCGCGUUCAAAGCAGUCAUGAAGGUUAUCCAGAAAGGAUGAAAAUUUGUAAAGAACGCAGAGCAAAAACGCUAAUUGAAACUAAAAUAUCACCUCAUUUAUUUAAGAAACAAGUUUUUGAUAAUUCUCAAAUAAUUGAGAAAGUUGAGAAAUCACCGGAAAGAAAAACGUUUUUUGACAAUGAAGGUUUCAAAAUAGUUAGAACAAUGUUGCUGGCGUUAUCGAUAUUGAUAUUAUGCUAUCACGGAUCAACGGAGUACAAUAUUUUACAAAAUGGACAAAUUCUUCGUGGUUUUUCCUCGAGAAAGACUAUCGUGAUAUUUAAUUUAGGUUAUUCCGUCUUGCAUUCCAUAAUAUCCACCAUCACAGCUAGUAUGCUUGUUUAUUCUGUUAUCAUGAAACGACCACGAUUUAGCUUGCCUUUUAUAGGCCUCUUUUUAACUGAGCUAGUAUGCGAUUUCUGCGACGCAAUCGUAAUGAUUUGGUAUCUCUUUAAAUAUCUUCAAAUACAAACCGCGUUAUUUUAUGUCACAGGACUUUUUCUAAUGAUCCUUGCAGAAAUGUGGUUGUGGCUAGGUGUUGUGUGGCUCUAUGAACAGCGAAACUUCAAAACAUGCUAGCUUAUAAUAAAAAAUUUAAAAUGGAAUCU